AUGGCUGCCUCACAAACCUCACAGACUGUUGCAUCUCAUGUUCCUUUUGCAGAUUUAUGUUCAACUUUAGAACGAAUACAGAAAAGUAAAGGGCGUGCAGAAAAAGUCAGACACUUCAAAGAAUUUUUAGAUUCUUGGAGAAAAUUUCACGAUGCCCUUCAUAAGAACCAAAAAGAUGUCACAGAUUCUUUUUAUCCAGCCAUGAGACUUAUUCUUCCUCAGCUGGAAAGAGAGAGAAUGGCCUAUGGAAUCAAAGAAACUAUGCUGGCUAAGCUUUAUAUUGAAUUGCUUAACUUGCCUCGAGAUGGAAAAGAUGCCCUUAAACUUUUGAACUACAGAACACCGACUGGAACCCGUGGAGACGCUGGAGACUUUGCGAUGAUUGCAUACUUUGUAUUGAAACCCAGAUGUCUACAGAAAGGAAGCCUAAGCAUUCAGCAAGUAAAUGACAUUUUAGACUCCAUCGCCAGCAAUAAUUCUGCCAAAAGGAAAGACUUAAUGAAAAAGAGUGUUCUUCAGCUUAUAACUCAGAGUUCAGCACUUGAACAAAAGUGGCUGAUACGGAUGAUUGUUAAGGACCUAAAGCUUGGCUGUAGUCAGCAAACUAUAUUUUCUGUUUUUCACAGUGAUGCUGCCGAGUUGCAUAAUGUCACCACAGAUCUGGAGAAGGUAUGUAGGCAACUGCACGAUCCUUCAGUGGGACUCAGUGACAUUUCCAUCACCUUAUUCUCUGCCUUUAAACCCAUGCUGGCCGCUAUAGCAGAUAUCGAGCGAAUUGAGAAGGACAUGAAACACCAGAGUUUCUACAUCGAAACCAAGCUGGACGGCGAGCGGAUGCAGAUGCACAAGGAUGGGGAUGUGUACCGGUACUUCUCUCGCAAUGGGUAUAACUAUGAAGACCAGUUUGGUGCUUCCCCACAGGAAGGGUCCCUCACACCAUUCAUUCAUAAUGCAUUCAAAAUAGAUGUGCUGAACUGUAUCCUCGAUGGUGAGAUGAUGGCCUACAACCCUAACACACAGACUUUUAUGCAAAAAGGGAAUAAGUUUGAUAUCAAAAGAAUGGUGGAAGAUUCUGAGCUGCAGACUUGUUAUUGUGUUUUUGAUGUGUUGAUGGUUAAUGAUAAAAAGCUAGGACAUGAGACCCUGAGAAAGAGGUAUGAAAUUCUUAAUAGUGUUUUCACACCCAUACCAGGUAGGAUAGAAAUAGUGCAGAAAACACAAGCUCAUACCAAGAAAGAAGUGAUUGAUGCUUUGAAUGAAGCGAUAGAUAAAAGAGAAGAGGGGAUCAUGGUAAAACACCCACUGUCCAUUUACAAGCCGGAUAAAAGAGGUGAAGGAUGGUUAAAAAUUAAACCAGAGUAUGUCAAUGGACUGAUGGAUGAGCUGGACAUCUUAAUCAUUGGGGGCUACUGGGGGAAGGGUGCCCGGGGUGGGAUGAUGUCUCAUUUUUUGUGCGCUGUGGCAGAGAAGCCCCCUUCUGGUGAAAAACCCUCAGUGUUUCAUACUCUGUGUCGCGUUGGCUCAGGUUACACCAUGAAAGAACUGUAUGACCUGGGUUUGAAGUUGGCCAAACACUGGAAGCCUUUUCAUAGGAAAGCCCCACCAAGCAACAUUCUAUGUGGAACAGAGAAGCCAGAGGUGUACAUCGAGCCUUGCAGUUCAGUCAUUGUUCAGGUUAAGGCCACAGAGAUCGUCCCCAGUGACAUGUAUAAAACCGGCUGCACGUUGCGUUUUCCACGGAUUGAGAAGAUAAGAGAAGACAAAGAAUGGUACGAAUGUACAUCCCUGGAGGACUUAGAGCAACUUCGAGGGAAAGCCUGUGGAAAGCUCGCAUCCAAACACCUUUACAUGGGUGGCGAUGACGAACCACAAGAGAAAAAGCGGAAAGCUGCCCCAAAGAUGAAGAAAGUCAUUGGAAUUAUCGAGCACCUAAAAGCUCCCAACCUUUCUAACAUAAACAGGGUUUCUACUGUGUUUGAAGACGUGGAGUUUUGUGUCAUGAGUGGAACCAGCAGCCAUCCCAAGCCUGACCUGGAGAACAGAAUCGCCGAACUGGGUGGUUACAUAGUACAGAAUCCAGGCCCAGACACGUACUGUGUGAUCGCAGGGUCUGAGAACAUUCGAGUGAAGAAUAUCAUCUCUUCAGAUAAACAUGAUGUCGUCAAGCCAGAGUGGCUGCUAGAGUGUUUUAGGACCAGAAGCUGUGUGCCCUGGCAACCCAACUUCAUGAUCCACAUGUGCCCGUCAACAAAGCAGCACUUUGCCCAGGAAUACGACCAAUAUGGGGAUAGUUACUUUGUUGACACAGAUUUGCACCAACUGAAGGAAGUGUUUUCAGGAAUUAAAAAUGCUGGUGAGCAGACUCCUGGGGAGAUGAGUCCUGUGAUUGCUGAUUUGGAACACAGGUAUUCCUGGGCCAGUGCACCUCUUAGCUUGUUUAGACACCACACCAUUUAUUUGGACUUGUACGCUGUCAUCAAUGACUUAAGUACCAGAAUCAAGGGAGCUAGGUUAGCCAUCACAGCCUUGGAACUUCGAUUUCAUGGAGCGCAGGUAGUUUCUUGUUUGGCUGAGGGGGUAUCUCACGUGAUUGUUGGGGAGGAGGACCAGAGUCGGGUUGCAGACUUGAAAGCUAUCCGAAGGACUCUUAAGAGGAAGUUUAAAAUCUUACAAGAACGUUGGGUCACUCUGUCAAUAGACAAGUGUGAUUUACAGGACGAAAAUCGAUAUUUGGUCUGA